UUAGUUUUGGUUUGUUAUUAGGAUCAGAAACCAGUGAAGCGCUCAGGUAAGAAGACAGUGGGUGGGAGCAAGGGGAAGAAAAAGAAGACGAGUCUGAAGUACACCCUGGACUGCACCCACCCUGUUGAGGAUGGCAUCAUGGACUGUGCUAACUUUGAAAAAUUUCUGCAUGAGCGCAUCAAAGUGAACGGCAAGAUGGGCAACUUCGGCAACAAUGUGUCCCUUGAGAGGAACAAGUCCAAAAUUACUCUCAUAGCUGAUAUACCGUUCUCAAAGAGGUAUUUGAAGUACUUGACAAAGAAAUACCUGAAGAAAAACAACCUACGUGAUUGGUUGAGGGUGGUAGCCAAUCAGAAGGACAGUUAUGAACUACGCUACUUCCAGAUCAAUAACGAAGAUGAGGAAGAAGAUGCUGACGAUUGAAGACAUGCCUCUUCAGUUGCUUAGCAACGAAAGCAAAUAUGCAGCCACAGUAAAAAACAUGUCAAUUUGUUUUUAGUGUUGCCUGUUAAUGAAUAAAGAGGUCAACUGCCCGUGUCUGAAAAUG